CGAAUCAAGCCGCCUAGCCGUUAGCCAAUCAGAGCGCGUCAUUCAGGUACGCUCUCGCACUUCGAGCGGAAAGAAAACAACAACAACAAACAUGGCCUCUCCCGUGGAGCCGCGUAUUCCCGUUGGGUCAGACAAAAAACGCCAGAAAAAUGAGGAUUAUACAUGCAUCACACACACAUAUCAUCGGUGGACAAAGAACGGACACAGCCACUAACAGUUGUUCGUUGGAAGAAGCUGGUUGUAUGUGCCCGUAAGUGGCUAGAAAUUGACAGAAUCGACCGCACGUUGGCGGAGGCUGUAUGUGUACACGAUGACGAGUUCGCCAAAAAUAACAAUGAUGAUGAUUCCACGUCAACCCUGGCUUGUCCAGACGAAAGUCUUCCUGGCUUCUUGGAGGUACACAAACUUGGUUUUCAUCCAACUUGUUAUAGACGUUUCAUCCAUAAGAAACGAAUUGCCAGUGCUGAAAAACUAGCAGAAAAACGGGGAGCAUCUGGUGGUGACAACAAUGGUUCUGAUUCUGAUCACGAAUCUUCCACAACCACGUCCACGACUAGCCGGCCACCAUCGCCAAAACGGUUGAGAUCCACGACUAAAUCAUCGAGGUCUGGCAAUGUACUUCCUGCUAUCUGUAUAAUUUGCAAGAGGCUUGACCGCUUUGUGAAAGAAGGACACAUGACAAAGAAAGAUAAAUUGGUCCAAGCAGAAACUAUAAAUGCUGGAUGCCAAAAGCCUGGGAGUAUGCCACUGUACACAGAAUUUUGUGACAAAAUAAUUCGGGCACAGUUGAUUAAAAAACAGGAACUCUUCAGGAUGAAAAAGCUCUCUUCCCUGUUCCAGAAAAUGAUACGAGAACACCAUGGUCAUGGAAGUUACAGAUCAGAUCUUCUGAAGAAAAGACUGAGGCAAGACUUUCCCCAACUAAAUUUCUACAAGCCUCUGAGGAAAAACCUGAGUGAAAUGGUUUUUACAGAAGCUACAGGACUUCUCAACAAGGGUUCAUCAACUGAAACUGAGUCAUCAGGAUCGCAAGAGACUUUGUCGAGUGGUGGAGAGACAGUUCAGCAAGGUCAUACAUAUGCAGCACAACGAGACCAUACCAGAACCAUUUAUAGUGCAGGUAUAAUUCUUAAACAAGCAGUUAAGAGUGCCCCUAAAAUGAGUGCCAAUUGGCCUCCUACAUCUGAGGAUCUAAAUAUUUCUUCAGCUAGAAAGAUUGUGCCAAUUGAACUGUAUAAUUUGCUUGCUUGGUGCAUAGGUGUAAGUGAUGAAUUGACAUUAUUUAACAUGGUUAAUGUAUCGGAGGAGGUUGAUCUUCGUUUACUGUCAAUCUGCCAAGAUAUUAUUUAUUUAUCCUCAAAAGGUAGAAAUCAAACCCCAAAAUCUCUAACACUUAGUUUAACUCUGCACCACUUGACAGGGUCAUUUCAGGUUGUACAUAUGGUGAGUAAACUUGGUCACUGUGUAUCUUGGGAAUCUGUUGUAGGUUUUGAGACAAGUCUUGCUCAGCUUCAGUUGUCCAGAGGUUUGGAUCUCCCACAAGGGUUUGCCAGUAAUAACUUUACUGUUCUAGUGUGGGACAAUGUAGAUUUUGGAGAGGAAACAUCAUCAGGGAAGGGUACCACCCAUCACACUAUUUUCUAUUGUAAUUCUGAAGUCGUAACAACCUGAAGUGAUCCUAAAAAGUUUAACAUCUCUUGCUGGGUCCAACAAAAGUCAUUGUUUAAAAACAGAAAUGUCUUCGUGCCUAGUUUUCACUGUUCAAAUUUUAGCUGUGUAAAAUUUUGCUUCCAACAUUGUAACUGGUCUGCUAGGUCAGUGGUUCCCAACCUUUAUUUCUUAAAGCCCCCCCUGCUGAAGUCCAAGACAAGCCAAGCACCCCCAAGCCUUAGACAGGGCCGCACAAACGUAUCAAAAGAUUAAAGUGAUUUGUAAUGAACAUUUAUUUAUUUGAAAAAUAAAGAAUAAAUGGCAGCUAUGUCAUUUUGUUCUUAUUAUUUUUGAUAUACUACAAACUCCAAAAAAGAGAGCUAACAUAUAAACUUCAAACCUAAGCUUAACUUUCAUGAGCAUGUCCACAUUUUCAAUAUAUUUUCCAGUUCUAAUUUACAAACAUGUAUAAAGUAUAAACUAAAAAAAAAAAAAAA